CCUGUGCAAAGUCUAAGGGGUUUCCAGUCACUGGUGGCUUUCUGUUUACUUUGCGGAACUGUUUGCUCUAUGGGGACAGAAGGUGACAGUAGUGCUCCCUGUGCAGGCUUCCUAUGGAUCUAGGAGCCUCCACUAGAUCCCCCAUCAUAUAGAGAAAAGCAAGAUGUCCAGGACACGGUCCUGGAGGAUGCCAGCAGAGCUCAUUCUCCUCUGCGCUGCCCUGUGUUGUCUCAGCUUGCCUGGCUACCGAGGGGAAAGGCUGCACUCUCUUGAGUCAAAUGCAGCCAACGGGAGCUUUGCCAAGAGUAGACAGACUCGGAGUGUGGAUGGCACGCCGAUGCCCAUUGACUGUGAAUUGUCCAGCUGGUCUUCCUGGACCACGUGUGAUUCCUGUCAGAAGAAAAGGUACAGACACGCCUCCCUGCUCCAGCCCUCUCAGUUCUAUGGGGAACCAUGUGACUUCUCUGACAAGGAAGCUGAAGACUGUGUUACCAACAGACCAUGCAGAAGCCAAGUGCGAUGUGAAGGCUUUGUGUGUGCACAGACAGGGAGGUGUGUAAACCGCAGACUUCUUUGCAAUGGGGACAACGACUGUGGAGACCAGUCAGAUGAGGCAAAUUGUAGGAGGGUUUAUAAAAAAUGUCAGCAUGAAAUGGACCAAUACUGGGCAAUUGGCAGUCUGGCCAGUGGGAUAAAUUUGUUCACGAACCGUUUGGAGGGCCCAGUUCUCGACCACAGGUACUACGCCGGGGGAUGCUCCCCCCACUACAUACUGAACACAAGGUUUAGGAAGCCGUACAACGUGGAGAGUUACACCCCGCAGACCCAAGGAAAAUAUGAAUUUGCACUGACAGAAUAUGAGUCGUACUCAGAUUUUGAACAUAAUAUUACACAGAGAGAAACUAGCAUGUCUAGUUCCAGCUUUGGUUUUAAAAUUCCUGGAAUAUUUGAACUUGGCAUUAAUAGUGCAAGUGGUAACGCCAAACAUUUUCUAAGCAGGAUCAAGCGAUUUUCUCAUACUAAAAGCUCAUUUCUGCAUGCGCGCUCCGACCUUGAAGUGGCACAUUACAAGCUGAAACCCAGAAGCCUUAUGCUUCAUUAUGAGUUCCUUCAGAGAGUCAAGCAGCUGCCUGUGGAGUACGGCUACGGCGAGUACAGAGAUCUCUUCCGCGAUUUCGGGACGCACUACAUCACAGAGGCCGUGCUCGGGGGCAUUUAUGAAUAUACACUCAUCAUGAACAAAGAGGCCAUGGAGAGAGCAGAUUACUCUCUCAAGGAUGUCCGUUCCUGUGCUAUGAAUGGUUUUAAAAUCGGUGCUGCCAUCAAAGCGGUCUACGUCUCACUGGGUGUGUCAGUGGGCUCAUGCCAGGGUAUCCUGAAGGAAAUAAAAGAAAGAAACAACAGAAACACUAUGGUGGAGGACUUGGUGGUCCUUGUGCGAGGAGGAGCAAGUGAGUACAUUACUGCCCUGGCAUAUAAGGACCUGCCCACAGCAGACCUGAUGCAGGAGUGGGGGGACGCCGUGCAGUACAACCCAGACAUCAUCAAAAUUAAGGCAGAACCGCUGUAUGAACUGGUGACAGCCACAGACUUCGCCUACUCCAGCACGGUGAGGCAGAACAUGAAGCGGGCUCUGGAGGAAUUCCAGAAGGAAGUCAGCUCCUGCCACUGUGCUCCCUGCCAAGGGAAUGGAGUCCCUGUCCUGAAAGGGUCCCACUGUGACUGCAUCUGUCCUGCUGGAUCCCAAGGCCCAGCCUGUGAGGUCACCAAGCACGAAAAUGAAGAAACAGGGCCAAUGGGUUGUGACUUGCCCAGUGGUCACACAGUUGCAAAAUGCUCAGAGCUGCACCACCACUAGGCCCAUCACCAGUAGGCCCCAUGCAGAGACCUGCCCGGGAGGGUACAACUGUGCAGCCACAGGAUCUCUACUGAAUGGAGAAGACCUUGGACACCUCCAACUCCAGCCUUCUCAUUUUACAAAUGAGGAGGCCCAGAGAUAUUAAGUAAUGUACUCAGAAUUACACUGUGAGUUAUAGGCUCAGCUAGACACAUGAUACAUAAUGGUGAAUGUAAUUGAUUAUUUGCCAAUCUCAUCAACAACCAAAAUUUCCUCAAGGGAAAGGCAAAUGUCGGGAAGGGGAGUGCACAGGGUUUGUUAUUACCUCAUUUAAAUGCACAGCACUCACAAUAGAUAACAUGGCUCCCAUUAUACAUUGCAAAGAAGUAAACUAUCCAUCAUCCCUGUAGCUGGGACCUGUCUAAGCUGGAAACCAUUCAUUCAUUCAACAAAUAUUUGCUAAGGGUCUCUCAUGUGCCGGCUUAGAUGCUGGAGUUCAGUGAUGAGCAAAAGGGUUCCUGUCAUGGAGAUUGCCCUUUAGAAAGAAAAAUCAACACCAUUUGAAUUGUCCUAAAAAUACAUUUAAGGUUUCUGUUGUAACUGCUAUAAAAUGGUCUGAGAGCUUAAACUACAAAGAAUUGACGGGGAGUUACAGGUUAGGGAAGGUUUCCCUGCAGAAAUAAUACUUAAACUGAGAUCUGAAGGGAGAAUAGAAUUGGCUGGAUGAAUGGAAAAGGGAAGGGUAUCCUGGGCCGGGGGAACAGCGUGUGCAAAGGCCCUUUGGCAGAGGGGAGCAUGGUGAGCACAGUGGCCUCAAAGAAGGGCAGUUGACUGACUCAGGGGGAUGAGAGCCUGAGGGUCCCAAAGCCUUUUGCUUUAUGCCCUCCACCCCACACAUAGGGCACCAGAGUGUCAUAAGGGCUA